GUGGCGGCGGCCAUAACCCUCCCGCAGCCCUAUAUAACACCCCACACUUCCUCCCUCACUACCACUCAGCCUCCUGCCGCCGCUCUUGCUACUGCUCUUGCUGCCGCCCUCGACGCUCCUCCUCCACCACUUCAGUGAUAUGGCCCCGUCCAACAUGAGGUUCCUGGUGAUUUUCGUCCUGACGGCGUCGAUGCUGGUGUUCGCUGCUUCUGCCGCCCAGGCCACAUGCCCAUGGGAAGCUAUUAUGAAACUGUGUGGCGGGAACGCGACGCUGCUCAGCGACUGCCAAAGUAAGAUGCAAAAGUGCAAGAACUCAACACUUCCUACCGUCAUCCAACGCUGUCUCCCGAGGAAACUCUACCCCUUCAUCGCCAUCUUGAACGCGACUCUGACAACAGCGCCCACCACCCCCGGAGACAUGACAGCGGCUGCGGAUCUGCUAAGCAUCUUACUGGGCAACAAGGAAGCUUGUGCCACGGCUGAGGUGACUAAGUGUGUGAAGGCAUUACCUGCUAAUUCAUGAUUACCUGCUUAAGGCAUCUCCAUCCCCGCCGUGCGCCUGGCCCCUGGUCUACCCCGGCGGACCUUUCUGUCUGGAGUGUAACUGUGGUCCGGCGUAGCAGCACCUAUGGUCUAGCGCACCAGCACCUUUGGUCUGGCUCACCAGCACCUUUGGUCUGGCUCACCAGCACCUUUGGUCUGGCGCACCAGCACCUUUGGUCUGGCGCACCAGCACCUGUGGUCUAGCACACCAAUGACAACUUAAGGGACAAGAAUCUUCCAUCAUAUUUACAACUUUUAAACAAAAAAAUAAUAAUAAUACGUGUUUGCUUUUGUUAACUAAAAAAACUUGCUUUAUUUUUGCUUUAUAUUUUCUGAACAUAUAAAAUGGCAGAUCGUA